AUGCGGAGCACGCCGCUGGCCGAGGGCGAGCCCUGGCCUCGCCUCUGUCCCGCCGCCGAGCUCGGGGGGCUGCGGCGGCUGAGACGCAAACACGGCUGCAAAAGUUUCCGCGUGGAGCUCAAAGUGCUGAGCGGGCGGCGGUCGGGGCUCCGCGCACCCCCCGCUCCUCCGCCGCCUCCCCCGGCUCCGCCGCCCGCUUGGGAACCGCGCGGAACCGCUGCGCUCGGAGCCGCCGCCACCCCCCGAGCUCGGCCGCGGGACAGAGAAGGGCACAGAGAAGGCAGCGCAAACGAAAAAGCCCUUGAGAGCAUCACCGCGGCUCGCUAUGUGCUCCAUGCAGCAGCACGUGUUCCCUGCUAUUCUUAUGGUCAAAAGUUGUCCAAACUGGCCAUCUUGAGAAUAGCCUGUAACUAUAUCCUUUCCCUGGCCAGACUAGCAGACCUGGAUUACAGCGCUGACCACAGUAACAUGAGCUUCUCUGAAUGCGUGGAGCAGUGCACUAGGACCUUACAAGCAGAAGGAAGAUCUAAAAAAAGGAAGGAGGAUUUAGGAGCCCACGUGAUGAAGGCAGUUUGGCCAACUGCGAUGUGACCUCAUGAAAGAGUGAGCCCAAAGGAUUUUACUGUGUUUUGAAGUAUGCUAAUGAUUGUUUGUGGGAUAUUCACAGGGCUUAUUUUAAUGUCAGAGGGGGUUUAGAUGAGGUUUUUCCUGUCUCAAAGUGCUGCACAUUGAAGUUGUGCUUUUUACGAUGGCAGCAGUAAACCUGUACCAGUUACUCACAUACACCUGCCUCUACCUCUCCUGUGGGCUGAGGAGCUGUUUCUGUGGAAAUAAAUGUGAUAACCACAAUAGCAAAAGAGGUCCCACAGGUGUGGGCCACACCAGCUCUUUUGCUUCCCUUUUGUAAUUCUGAGAUUGACUUCGGAUUCUGAAAAUGGAUCCAGAGGUCUUUUCCAAAGCAGGUAUUUGCCAACAUGUCUCAUUUUGUUCCUUUUCCUUCCCAAACUUUACUUGUUCCCUCUCUCUCUUCCAGCACUCUAGGGACUCUGCCCACCUAGCUGUCGAUUCCCAACAAGCCAAACUCCAGAACAGUUGCACUGUGGGUUAAUGGCCCCAAUCAGGGCCAUUUGUGUGAGGAGCCACCAGAACAGCACAUGUUCACAGUUCUGAUGCUGCAUCUUUCUCU